AUGCCUUACCUCACCGUCAACGACCACCAGCUUCACUAUGCCGACUCGCACCCCGACGGUGCCCCCGCAAAUGGCCUGACUUUAGUCUUUAUCCACGGCCUGGGUUCAUCGCAGAACUACUAUUUCCCCGUCAUCCCUCACCUGGCAAGCCAUCGCUGCGUCACGUUAGACACGUAUGGUGCUGCCCGCUCGACCUACACCGGCCAACCGGUGUCGAUUGCCUCCAUCGCCUCAGAUGUCGUCGCCGUGCUGGACGCAUUGCACAUCCCCCAAGCCGUGGUGGUGGGCCACUCGAUGGGAGGACUGGCCGUGACACUGUUGGGAGCUCAAUAUGCGGAUCGCAUCAAGGGCGUAGUGGCUAUCGGACCAACCCAUCCGACCGAGGCCCUGGCGACCGGAAUGCGCAAGAGAUACGAAACCGUCUCAGCCUCCGGAAUGGAAUCCAUGGCCAACUCGAUCCCCGACGCAGCAACCGGCACGCAGUGCUCAGCUCUCACCAAAUCAUUCAUCCGUGAGCUCCUCCUCGGCCAGAACCCUCAGGGCUAUGCCGCUCUCUGCCAGGCUAUCGCCACGGCGCCGACGAUCGACUAUCCAGCCGUCACGGCUCCGUUCCUGCUGAUUGCCGGCGAGGAAGACAAGUCUGCGUCGAUGGAGGGGUGUCAGCACAUCUUUGAUCGCGUGUCUAGUGCGAACAAGAAGAUCGAGGUGUUGCAGAACGUGGGGCAUUGGCAUUGCCUUGAGGCGCCGGAUCAGGUGGGCAAGGCUAUUGCUUUGUUUGUAAAUGGUUUGUAG